UAACCUGUCGUUCUGAUAUGUAUAUAGAAUUGUCAGUGUAGAACUUGAUUCGAUCUGAAUUAUAACAAAUGUGGACAAAAAUUGACGACUGUAUAUUGUCUAGUGAAAAGUGGUGAAAAAGAAAAAAGAAAAUUAUUUUUUUUCUAAGAAAAAAAAAUUAGUGCUUGUCGUUAAAACAACGACUUUUUUUUUUACUAUUAUUCAUCAAUUUGAACGACGUCUUUUCGCCAUUCUUUUGGAGAAAGCGGAUUGGCGUCACGAGAAACGCUUUGAAAAUGAAAAGCUGAGAAGAAUACACACCUUUUCCAACCACGAGAGAUGAAUGCAUCUCGGCUCGGCAGGGGCCGGGGUGGCCGCCUGGCUUUAUAUGGAGGUAUCCUAAUGAUUUUUGUAAUAAUAAUAUAUCUCUAUCGAACUGCUUCAUCUGAAAUGGCCAGGCUUCACGAUCUUCAUGUUCAAUGUGUUCAUCAACAAGAGGCAUUAGCCGCUCAACUUCAAGUAAUAUACGAAUACAAAGUUCGUCUCGAGAAAUCAUUGCAAGAGGAGAAAAAUUCAAAUCAAGCACUAAAACAAGAACUUCAACAACGUGCCUCGAGAGAAAAAUCUCUCAGGGACAAAGAUAAGGACAAUGUUGAAAUAUUGCAAAGGUAUAAUGCGAUGCAACAAAAGUAUAAUAUAUUACAAUCGGAAAAUAAAGAUUUACAAGAUGAAUGUAAUAAAAGACAUAAACUUUCAUUGGAGGAAACAAAUAAAUUGGAAGUGACAUUAAGAAAUCUUCGUAGUGAAAUUAAUAAAGCACAUGAAGAUAAAAAACAAUCAAUGGAAUCAUUAAAAAAUAAACACGCUCAAUUGAAAGUCGAAUAUGAUUCAUUGUGGAAUAAAAAUGAGAAAUUAUUAAAAAAUUCAACUGAAUGCAAUAGUCAACUACUUCAUUUGGAAAAGAAAGUGUUUCAAUUGAAUAGAGAAGGAGAGGCAAAAAAAACUGUUGUUUCCGAGUACAAUGGCGAUGCAAUAGCUGAUAAUCAACAGGAAACAGAUCAUGAAAAAUCGAGAGGAAAUGAACAAGUUAUGCGUCCUGUACAGCCAUCAUCAUCACAACAGAAAAUACCGACAAGUGUGGGAAAAAUUCCACCUGGAAAUAUUGAAAGUUCAACAAAAGCAUCGACAGCAUCAAUUUCCGGCGAGAAACCAAAUAUUAUUGGAGGAAAGACAAAAGUUAAAUUACCCAUUGGUGUUGUACCAAUUCCAGUGAUAAUAGAUUCAAAAAUUGAUAAUGAUGAAAAAAAGAGAGACAAUGAUGAAUUAUUGUUGAGAAAAAAAAAUGCGGAAAUAAUUCAAAAUUCAUUAGCGAGAAAUGUUGUCUUUAAUGAUGAGCAGGAUGUUAAAGAGAAACCUGUGGCUGUGGAUAUUGGAAAUUUAGAAUUUCAAGCUCAUUUACCAGCAGGAAAUAGACAUGGGGGACAAAUUAUUGACAGACAAAUUAAUGCAGGAUGGCCUAAGGUACAACAUGGAGUUCAGGAAAUUGGCGAUGAGCCUCAUCAUUUGGGAAGACUCGCUGGAUUAGAUGAUACGGCACAUCAGGGUGAAAUUGGAGAUGAUCAAUAUGAUAAUGACGAAUUUUAUCGAGAUCAACAACCCCAGAAAAGUGAUAUUCGACUAGAAGAAGAGGAAGACGAAGCCGGUGAUGAAGACGAUCAACCGGAUUAUUUAAACAAUCUAAAACCCGAGAAACACUAAUUAAAAAAAAACAAUUUGGAAAUAUUCCAAUUUAUCAAAGAAAAGAGUUUAAAUAUUGCUUGUUAUACGACUGUCGAUUUUUGUAAAUAGACAUGAUAAUAUUGUAUAAAUCAAUUUAUUUUGAAUUUAAUUUGAAAUUUAAUUUUUUUUGAUUAAUAUUAUUUUCUUUUUAAAAAUAAAAAAAAAGAGAUAAAAACAAAAUAAAUUGAUUUAAUAUUAUCUUUUUUUCGACAAAGCCUAACGCAUAGCGCCUAUAUAGAUUUAUA